CAGCAGCAGCAGCAGCAGCAGUGGCUGCUGGCGCCGCCGCGCCCCCCGUCGAAGCGCAGCAGCAGGGACAGCAGCGAGGGACUCUCCUCAGUUGAGGGGGGCCCCCAGGGGCCCCCCUCAAUAAGUCCUGCAAGUGCUGCUGCUGCUCACUGCAGCGCGGGGGGCCCCCCGGGCUCGGACGACGAGCAGCAGCAGCAGCAGCAGCCGCAGCAGCUGCUGCUGCUGCCUCCUCGGCGAGAGGCGGGAGCCUCCUCCCCCAUCCUGGGGGCUCCCCGGGCGUUUUCGGGGUCCCCCGGGUGCGCUGCAGCAGCAGCAGCAGCAGCAGCAGCAGCAGCAGCAGAUAAAGAGGGGGGCGGGGGGCUGCUGCGCAGCGCCUGCUUCGAGCAGCUAGCUAGCCACGGCCAGUUCCCGCUGUCUCCGGAUGGUGGGGCCACCAAUGCAGCGGAGCUUUCUCCUGUUGCUGCUGCUGCUGCUGCUGCAGCAGAAGCAGCAGCAGACGCCGAUGCCGCCGCUGCAGCAGCAGCAGCAGCAGCCCCCGCGCCCGCGGCGCACGGACGGCCCACCUUCCCUGCGGUAGGACAAUCUCCACUGUCCCCUGCUGCUGCUGCUGCAGCAGCUGCUGCUGCUGCUGCUGCUGGAGAGAGCCCGCGGCUGCUGGACUGUUCCUCCGGGUGCGGAGGAGGAGCGUCCGCCGCUGCAGCAGCAGCCGCCGCAGCAGCAGCAGCAGCAGCAGGGGACGAGAGCUGCAGUCCGAGCUCGGCGCCGUCCGCGCAAAGCAACAAAUUGGGGACUGAGGAAGCAGCAGCAGCAGCAGCAGCAGCAGAAGAGGGCCGGCGCUGCGGUUUAUAUCGAGGGCUUUUUAAUCUCAAGUCUUUUCUAGUGGCCACCACUCCCGCGGUGCGGGUUUCGAGGCACUCCAACGCAGCAGCCAGCAGCAGCAGCAGCAGCAGCGGCAGCAGCAGCAGCAGCAGCAGCAGCAGCAGCGUGGGGGCCUGCGAGGGGAGCGUGGCAGCAGAGCGAGACGCGCGCAGCGAGGGCCAGCGCGCCCCGCCGCCGCCUCCGCAGCAGCAGCAGCAGCAGGACCUGCAGCAGCAGCAGAGCGACGCCCCGCCCCCGCCCCGCCCCGCGCCUCCGCAGCAGCAGCAGCAGCAGCAGCAGCAGCAGCAGCAGGAGGGGGGCCUGCACUUCUUGCUGAGCGAGCUGUGGAGGGCCUUCGACGACCCCAGCAUCUUUGGCCUCGAAGUGCCGCUGCUGGACGAGCAGCAAAGGCCCAUCUACGUCGUCUACGUCCCCUACCUCUCCGCCCUCCACCUCUUCCCCCGCAGCAGCAGCAGCAGCAGCAGCAGCAGCAGCAGCAGCGGCAGCAGCAGCGGCAGCAGCGGCGGCGGCAGCAGUAGCGGCAGCGGCAGCGGCAGCAGCAGCAGCGGCAGCGGCGGCAGCAGCAGCGGCAGCGGCAGCAGCAGCAGCGGCAGCAGCAGCAGCAGCAGCAGCAGCAGCAGCAGCAGGGCUGCUGGCAGCGGGUGUUUCCGGUUCAUGGAGGUGCGGCUGCCUUACCAGCGGCGGCCUUUGUCGCAGCAAGUGACGCAGCUGCUGCAGGGCGCAGAAGUGACGCAAAGCCAGCAGCUAAAGCUGCUGCACUCUUCCUCCCAAGACCUCUCAGAGGACUCCUGGCUCUGCGUCUACUGGCAAGCUAUUCAGAGAGAAUUCAGCAAAGUCCCCGCGCCUUCUUUUCUGGUUUAUUAUCGCCUGCGGCUGACGACGGCGCCGCAGCCGCCGCUUGCUGCUGCUGCUGCUGCUGCUGCUGCUGCUGCGCCGUGCGGCGACGGGGCGGACGCGGACGCAGGCCCCUGCUGCAGCAGCAGCAGCGGCAGCAGCGGCAGCAGCAGCAGCAGCAGCAGCAGCAGCACGGGAGAGCCGCAGGAACAAAUUGCUGCUCUCGUGCGCUUCGCUGUUGUCGCCAGCAAAGGCCACCAGGAGUGGUUAGCUGCGGGCGCCGAAGAGGCCCCCCACUUCUUCCGCGGCGAAAUGCGGCGGGCGGAAGAAUGGCUGCAGCGGCUGCAGGUAAAUCACCCGGACUUUAAUACUUUUCGAGUGGGCUUGUCGAAGCGUUAG